ACCACCAUGGUGAGGCUUGUGCUGCCCAACCCUGGCCUAGAGGGGCGGAUCCCCUCCCUGGGCCAGCUGGAGACCCUAGAGAAAGAGGAGGCCAGCUCCCGGCCCAAGUGGGACAACAAGGCUCAGUACAUGCUCACGUGUGUGGGCUUCUGCGUGGGCCUGGGCAAUGUGUGGCGUUUCCCCUACCUGUGCCAGAGCCACGGAGGAGGUGCCUUCAUGAUCCCCUUCCUCAUCCUGCUGGUCUUGGAAGGCAUUCCACUGCUGCACUUGGAGUUCGCCAUUGGGCAGAGGCUGCGCAAGGGCAGUGUGGGCGUGUGGAGCUCCAUCCACCCAGCCCUCAAGGGCCUCGGUGUUGCGUCCAUGUUCGUGUCCUUCAUGGUGGGCCUCUACUAUAACACCAUCAUCGCUUGGGUCAUGUGGUACUUCUUCAACUCCUUCCAGGACCCGCUGCCCUGGAGCCAGUGCCCCCUCGACCAGAACAAGACAGGCUUCGUGGACGAGUGUGCCAGGAGCUCCUCGGUGGACUACUUCUGGUACCGUGAGACCCUCAACAUCUCCACGUCCAUCAGUGACUCGGGCUCGAUACAGUGGUGGAUGCUGCUGUGCCUAACCUGUGCCUGGAGUGUCCUCUACGUGUGCACCAUCCGGGGCAUCGAGACCACUGGGAAGGCUGUGUACGUCACCUCCACGCUGCCGUACGUCGUGCUGACCAUCUUCCUCAUUCGAGGUCUAACGCUAAAGGGUGCCACCAAUGGCAUUGUCUUCCUCUUCACGCCUAAUGUCACAGAGCUGGCCAACCCGGUCACCUGGCUGGAUGCGGGCGCCCAGGUCUUCUACUCCUUCUCCCUGGCCUUUGGGGGCCUCAUCUCAUUCUCUAGCUACAAUUCCGUGCACAACAACUGCGAAAUGGACUCAGUGAUUGUGUCUGUCAUCAAUGGCUUCACAUCAGUGUAUGCGGCCACUGUUGUCUACUCCAUCAUCGGCUUCCGUGCCACUGAGCGCUACGAUGCCUGUUUCAGCACGAACAUUCUGACCCUCAUCAAUGGAUUUGACCUGCCUGAAGGCAGUGUGACCCAGGAGAACUUCCAGGAGGUGCAGCGCUGGUGCAAUGCCAGCAACCCCACAGCCUACGCACAGCUGCAGUUCCAGACCUGUGACAUGAACUCCUUCCUCUCGGAAGGUGUGGAGGGCACGGGCCUGGCCUUCAUCGUCUUCACUGAGGCCAUCACCAAGAUGCCGCUGUCCCCUCUGUGGUCCGUGCUCUUCUUCAUCAUGCUCUUCUGCCUGGGCCUGUCCUCCAUGUUCGGAAACAUGGAAGGCGUCGUCGUGCCCCUGCAGGACCUCAAGAUCACCCCCCAGAAGUGGCCCAAGGAGCUGCUCACAGGCCUCAUCUGCUUGGGGACCUACCUCAUCGCCUUCAUCUUUACACUGAACUCUGGCCAGUACUGGCUGUCACUGCUGGACAGCUAUGCCGGCUCCAUUCCACUGCUCAUCAUCGCCUUCUGUGAGAUGUUCUCAGUGGUCUACUUGUACGGUGUGGACAGGUUUAACAGGGACAUCGAGUUCAUGAUUGGCCACAAGCCCAACAUCUUCUGGCAAGUCACAUGGAGAGUGGUCAGCCCACUGAUCAUGUUGGUCAUCUUCUUCUUCUUCUUUGUGGUGAAGGUCAACGAGGAACUGACAUACAGUGUCUGGGACCCUAGCUAUGAGGAAUUUCCCAAAUCCGAGAAGGUGCCAUACCCAGACUGGGUAUACGCAGUGGUGGUGGUGGUGGCUGGGGUGCCUUGCCUCACCAUCCCUGGGUUUGCCAUCUACAAGCUCAUCAGGACUCGCUGCCAGAGAUCUGGGGACCACCAGGGGCUGGUCAGCACGCUGUCCACGGCCUCUGUGAAUGGAGACCUGAAGUGCUGAGGACCCAACCCAUGGGGUGCAGCAGACCGUCGGGAGGGAGGGGCUGGUAGGCCCCCUGAGGUGGUGGGCUGGCCAUGCAUGUGUGAGCAUGAGUAUAUACUCAUGUGU